AGCAAAUGCUUUCUAAAACUGAGCUAUUUGCAGGCUAACGCUGUUUUGUGAACGAGUUACUGUGUUAAUGUAGUUCUGUAAACUUGAUGGGCUCAGGUCUUUUGCUCAAACGUUAGGCUGAGGAUUUGGAAACUUAAAUUGAAUUUGGCUUUCUGGACGGAAAAUGAACAUAGGAAAUCUUUUGGCGAUCAUAGCUUGUAUUUCCACAUACUACUGUAUUAAUACAGAUUUGCAUGGAGGUGAUCAGUCUGUAGCCUGCCGAGGUGUUCCUGCAGCCCAGGUGGCUUUGAUAGUGGCCUUAGCACAUCUGUAUUUUUGGGUCGGUGUUUCGCAUCUCAUCAUCUCUCGUUGACUUUGCAUUUGAUACUUGGACCAGCAGCAGCAGAGGACAUGACACCCGAAAUCAUUACUGACUGUGGAAACUUCACAUUGGACCUGAAACAGCCUGGAUUCUGUGCCUUUCCACUCUUCCUCCAGACUCAAGGAAGUUGAUUUCCAAAUGAUAUGCAAAAUUUACUUUAACCUGAAAAGAGGAUUUUAGACCAAUGGACAACAGUCCACUUCUUUCACUAACUUUUUGAGAUGCACUUGUAUGUGAGCAAAUGCACCUUUAGCAAACAAGACUAAUCAAAAGCUGUCUAAAGAGGAGUAGGCCUUUGCAAAGCAGGUAGUUUGACUUGUCAUGGUAGGAAAAACAGUAAUGGUGUAUGACAAUGGAAAAACCUAAAUUUAGUGAAAUCAAGAAGGAAGUGGAUGAAAGGAGGUUACCAUCAUUUGGCAGAGAUGGCUGGUCUAAGCAUGGCAAAGAGAUGGCUACCUGCUCAACUGUUGGUCCUGUGGAUUAUGACCAACAUCUCUGAGCCAAGAGUGUGCUUGUUUGCUCCUGAUGCUGUCACACUGGAGAAAAACUCUGAAGCCAACAUCACUAUUACUUCCAGUUCAGCUGUCAACCAGUCAGCUGUGAUUGCAUUAAAUGUAACCUACAGCUCCAAGCAGAACUACUCAUCUAUAAUCACAUUGCCUGAGCAGGUGUUGCUGCCAGCAGAGGCUACCUCAGUCAGUUUCAAUGUGACAGCUCAUGUUGUCGGUCAGGUGACCACAUACCUGCUUAGCAACAACACAGAACUCAACAGUUUGCCUGUCAGAAUCCGCUUCAUAGUCGUCCACAGCAACAUUCUGUCAAUAUUCAGUCAAGUGAUUGGAUGGAUUUACUUUCUGGCCUGGUCGGUGUCUUUCUAUCCACAAGCUUGGGAAAACUGGAGCAGGAAAAGUGUUGUAGGUCUCAACUUUGACUUCCUCGCUCUCAACCUAACAGGAUUCAUUGCUUACAGUGUCUUUAACAUAGGGCUGUUCUGGGUACCUUAUAUAAAGGAAGAGUUUCUGAAGAGGAACCCAAAUGGAAUCAACCCUGUCAAUGCUAAUGAUGUUUUCUUCAGUCUCCAUGCUGUCCUGCUGUGUUUGGUUUACAUCAGCCAAGCUGUUAUUUAUGAGAGGGGGAAUCAGAGAGUCUCGUGGAUGGCCUUGUUCUUGUUGCUGAUUGGCUGGACAUUUGCUUUGAUCAGCUUAUUUCUUGCUGUAGCCAAACAAAUCACCUGGUUGGACUACCUUUACUACUUCUCCUAUAUUAAACUAGCAGUCACUCUGAUCAAAUAUGUGCCACAGGCAUACAUGAACUACAGUAGACAGAGUACUGAAGGAUGGAGUAUUGGUAAUGUGUUGCUGGACUUCACUGGUGGAACCCUCAGUAUUCUACAGAUGAUCUUACAGUCUUACAACAAUGAUGAGUGGAAGCUGGUGUUUGGUGAUCCUACAAAGUUUGGUCUGGGUCUCUUCUCUGUGGUAUUUGACAUCCUCUUCAUGAUUCAGCACUAUUGUCUCUAUAGAUGCCCCCCUCCUCAGUAUGAGGCUGUUGCAGAGCAACAACAAGACUGAUGCUGACUCGUUGCUCUGAUACAAGGGAGCAUGUCUUCCCAAAUAUUAAAGGGACUGAAGCUACUGAAGAAAGGUUGUCCAGAGCAGGGUUUCCAUGUCUGAUUUCGAUGCAGCAGCUAAGAGCUCACGUUUUGUUUCUCAGAAUCAGCACCUGUCUUUUGUCUUUUUUUUUUUUUGAGUAAAUGUAUGAAUACUUUGUUUGGUAUUGGACAAGAAAAACUGAGUGCCUGUAAAAAAAAAAAAAAAAAAAAUCUAAUAAAAAAAAAGACUGCAAAGUAA